GAAAUCGCCGCUAACCCGAGUGACGCGGCUCCGGCGUCUCCUCGUUAUAAAUAAAAGAAUAACUAAAAAUCUACACAAAUGAAAUAGUCUGGAAAUGGCGGAACAUGCGGGCAGUGACCAAAUGGCCAGCAAAGCGGCGGACUUUCAGGCGGCGGCGGAGACGUACUACAGUAUCGCCGUGGAGAAAGUGAAGGAUGUGGUCUCUGCACUGCCGGACGACUUAAGACCUGGACCGGACUUGUACGGGCUGCCAUGGGAACCGGUCAUCUUCACCAGUGUGGUGGGGCUGGUGACAGUGCUGUUAUUCACCUGUCGAUGUUAUUUCUCGGUCAAGAGCAGAAUGUAUCGCAGCCGAGAGAGGUGGAUGGCUCAACAGGUUGCACAGCUCCUGGAUGAGAAGUGUAAAGUUCUUGAGACUCUCAGCCAGCAUAAACAAGAGUAUGAUGAUUUGGAGAACUCCCUGAAGGACAGCGGUGUCUUGGCCCAGAGUCAAAAGACAGAACAGUUAGAGGCCAAAACCCAACAUUUAGCAAAUGCUAACAAAGAGCUGGAGACUGAUCUGAAAACACUGAAGGAUCAACUGGACUUGCAGAGAGAACACAGGACAGAGCAGGAAAAACAGAUAACAGCGCUUGAGGAGAGCAUGAAAACACUUGAGGAGGAAAUCAAAGACCUGCAUUCGCAGGAUGAACAGGCACAAACCACUGUGAAAGUUUACAGUAUGAAUAGCGACCGGCUAGAGAGGAACCUGGACACAGCUGGAGAGGAGAACACUCUGCUUCACGAGAGCAACGCUCAGUUGAAGCAGCAGGUUGAGGGUUGGGCCGAAAGAGUGAGCGAGCUGGAGGCAGAGAUGAGGAGGUGUGAGGUCGCCCACAGCGCAAUGCUGCAGGAUGUGACUAACAAGGAUGAACGCAUAAAGUCCCUGACUGAUCGACUACUGAGCAUGAAAGCUUGGGAUUCAGAUCUUGAGGAAGAAGAGACGGAAACCAGCAACGGCACCGCAGGAAAGGAAGAUGCAAAUGGAAGUGGGACUGUAACCGACACGCAAGGUCAUCUGCAGAAAGUCCAGAAACUCAUUUAUGCUGCUAAGCUCAAUGCAGAUCUCAAGUCAGUAGAUGAGGAUAAAGAUCGAGUGUUCGCCAAACUGAAUGAUGAAGUCAAAGCUAAAGAAGACCUUCAAGUGGCCAUGAAGGACCUGGAGAAUGAGAAACUGUCACUACAGUCUGACACUGAGCACUACUCAGAGCAGGUUCAGCGGUUACAACAGAAACUCCAGAUUAUGACAGAAAUGUACCAGGAGAACGAGCUCAAGCUGCACAGACUGUUGACGGUGGAAGAGAAGGAGCGUCUGCAGAAGGAGGAGAAACUAAACAAAGCAGACAAAAACAUUGCGAUGGCGAUGGAGGAACUCAACAACUACAGGCAACGGGCUUUAGAGAUGGAGGACGAACUGGAGAAAACCAAACAGUCCUACCAGACUCAGAUGUCGGCGCAUGAGAAGAAGGCUCAUAAUAACUGGCUGGCAGCUCGAGCGGCCGACAGAGAGCUGGCAGACAUCAGGAGAGAGAACGCCCUCCUCAGGCAGAAGCUGACGGAUACGCAGUUCAAAUUGGAUGCACUCGACAAAGAUCCAUACGCCUUGAACAGCCUAGCUCGACCUCUGCCAUUCCGAGGUGAGCGGUCUCCAUACGGACCUUCUCCUCUGGGCCGACCCGCAUCUGAGACCCGACCUUUCCUUUCUCCUCCUACGCUCAUGGAAGGACCCCCUCCAAGACUCUCCCCUCGAGUGCCCCGCGGUCCAGGGGAGCCCCCAGGUGGCCAAGGGGAGAUGGAGCGUAGUGGAGGCCCCCACUCAGACAGCGGCUCCAUCUCACCCACAUGGGAUCGGAGAGGACCCCCACCAGGACCCCCAGGGCCUCUCGGACCACCAGGGCCUCUCGGCCCCCCAGGCUACAUGUUUCCAGACCCCGGUGGUCCCAUGUACAGGAGACCCCCUCCUCAUCCAGGAGCCAUGGGCCUUUUACCUCCUCCAGGCCCACUUCUCCCGAGGGGUUUCCCCCCGGGACCGCCUCACCCUGUGGACCUGGCAGACGGCCCCUACAGAGAAAACAGCCUCGGAGCUCCUGAGCAGGAACACAGAGAGCAGUCUGGUCCUGGCGAGCGGAGGACUCCCCCAGAAUCCGAUCCCCGGAUGGGUGGCCCCCCACCUCCAGGACCCCCAAUGGGCCCCAUGGAUGGACCCUUUCCUCGGAGAGCCCCCUACGGACCCCCGCCCCCGUCCGACUUCUACCCUCCCCGGGUUCCGGGGGCCCCUCCCAUCAUGCCAACGUGGGCCCCUCCUCCAGGAAUGAUGCUCCCCCCUCGCUUCCCUCCUCACCCUCAUAUGCCUCCCUUCGGCGCCCCCAUGCGACACCCCCCUCCUUCCGAUGGGCUCCCGCCUCAUCCCAUGGGUCCUCCCCCUCCCCGGCAGCCCCUCCCUCCACCGCAGGACAACCCGGUCUCGCCCGAAGACGCCAUCUGAGCCCGGCGUCGCGUGAGACGGCGGGGCGGACUCUCGUCGUUCAGCGGAUGGAGCGAGUGGCGUCAUCAGAGCUGAAACAAAGGCCCGUCCCGUUUCCGAGUCUGCUUUUCGCCACUCGCAUCCUUCUCUUCUGCCUUUUUUUUCUCUGUUGGUCCGUCUCCAUCAAGCAGGCUCCCUCUUCCGCGAGGCAGCACGGUUCUCCAACACCGCCACAAAGAUUUUUAUCGCGGCUCUUAGUUUGGGAUGCAGCUCGCGCAAGUUCUGCAUGAAGCGCGCAACGAUCACCGGCCGCUGCAGCUCUUUUAGACUUGGAAUCGUACAGUUUGUCAUGAGCGUCAUGUCAUCACCGAUUUUAGUUUUCCAUUCAGACAUCAGCUCUCAUUUUCCUCAGAGAUCAAACGAGACACUUUUCUACAUUUCUGUUUGAAUCCGGGGGAACUUCGCCUCCGUCGACACAGUUGGUCUUUCAGGGCGAGAGCAGCACUUGUCGCCAUGUUUCAUUGACUUCCAGACGGCCUCUGAUGGCGACACGUGACUGUGAGCUGAGCGGACUCAGCGGGGUAGAGACCCCCUCCAGAGCCGCACCCCAGACACCCAUGUGAAUUUUGUAAAAAGUGAUUAAUAGAUGAAUAAAGACUCUUAA